AUGACCAUCACCCAAGACCCCCCCACCGUCGCCUUCGACGCCCUCCCGCUCAACCCCAACGGCCCCCGCGGCAAUGCCUGGGGUCGCUUCGGGCCAACCGACCAGCUCGGCACGCUGAACCUGCUCACCCCCGAGCGGGUCGUGGAAGCAGCCAAGGAAAUCCGAUCAGGGGUGCGCAUCUCGCUCGACUGGCCGCUCAGCAUGCCCUCGUACCCGAGUUUCAAUCGCUCGCCGUUCAAGCAAGAGCUUGUUCUGCGGAAUCCGAACUGCGUUUAUGACGAUAUCUUGACUUUUAAUAGUCAGGGCGUCACUGGCCGAGGAAUCCUCCUCGACUACGCAGAGUGGGCCACCUCCAAGGGCAUUCCCGUGUCAGCACUGGAAUCUACUCCCAUCACGCUCGAGAACCUGAAGCAGGCAGCCGCAGACUAUAAACUGGAUUUCCGCAAAGGCGAUAUCUUCUUCGUGCGCAGCGGGUUUACAGCUGCGUACAAUAAGCUCAGUGCGAAGGAGCGCGAGGAUCUCCCAAAACGCCCGUCACCAGAUUUCAGUGGUGUUGAGGCAACGGAGGAGAUGGUGCGGUGGUUGUGGGAGCAUCAGUUCGCAGCCGUUGCGGGAGAUGCCCCGAGCUUUGAACGGUCGCCGAUUCGGGGGAGUCAUGCCAACCCGGAAUUUAAUCUGCACGAAUGGAUUCUGGCCGGUUGGGGGACUCCCAUUGGGGAGAUGUUUGAUCUGGAGAAGCUGUCGGAGCAUUGUAAGGCUACUGGACGGUAUACGUUCUUCUUGUCGAGUAUGCCCCUCAAGGUAUGUUUGAGCUGGGUCUUGCUUUUCGAAAUAUCCACUAAUGAAAGAUUGCAGGUUGUGGGAGGUGUGGCUAGUCCGCCGAAUGCGUUUGCUAUCUUUUAG